GCCCGGAGCCGCCGGCGAGUCGGGCCGAGGCGCCUCGGGAGCUGCUGCUGGAGCCGGCGCCCGCCAUGGGCACGGUGUACGAGGGGAUGCGCUGCAUCAAGAUCCUGCUGUUCAUUUUCAACCUAACGUUCUGGCUGGCAGGACUGGCUGUCAUCGCCUUUGGUCUAUGGCUGCGGUUUGGUGGGGUUAUGGCAGACUUUGCUUCAGACAAAAGGUCUCCAGAGUAUUUCUUCAUGGGACUGUAUGUAUUGGUGGGAGCAGGGGCUCUUAUGACCACAGUUGGAUUUUUCGGGUGCUGUGGAGCAGCGCGGGAGUCUCAAUGCUUACUUGGAGCAUUCUUUGCUUGCUUGUUGGUGAUAUUUGCAGCUGAGGUCACUGCUGGAGUAUUUGCCUUUAUAGGCAAGAAAAUGGCAAUACAGGAAGCCCAGAAAAUCUACGAAGACAUUUAUGAUGACUACAUGAAAAACCCAGGGGGAAAGGUCAACAUGACUAUCUAUCACUACCACUUGGCUCUCAAAUGUUGUGGUAAAGAUAAUAUUGAACAAGUGGGACUACCCUGCCCAGAGAAUAUCCAGAUGCCAAAGAACUGCCUGGUUGAAAUACACAAUGUAAUUGAUGCUAACCUGCAUUUAGUUGGAAUCGUUGGAAUAGCAAUUGCUGCCAUCACAAUCUUUGGCAUGAUAUUCAGCAUGGUUCUGUGCUGUGUGAUCCGUAGUACAAGAGACAUGAUCUAAACCUUUCACUGCACAACUUUCACUGUCCCGGGAGUUCCAGACUAAGCUUUACAAGAAGUGCUCCUCUACCCAAUUUAAUAAUUGUAAUGCAUUUUAAUUAGUGUUUUAACAUACUGAGAGGAAAAUAUCCCAUUAGGUAAGCAGGUGAAUUGUAUUAGUUACAGUAAAACUGAAGUGAACAAAAAGGGGUUUUAAAAUGUCCUUUUUAAUGGAAAAAACAAAGUUGCACCUAAGACUAAUAUGAUUUUUAAUGUUUGCAUAAGUGCAAUUAAGAGUUUACACAUCUAUAAACACUGUGUAAACAUACUGUGUAUCUCUCAUUACAAAUAUAUAUGCACAU